CUCGGGCGUCGCGUCGAGUGGGCUACAGGGCAGACGCGCCAGGCAGCCGUUACCGCCAGUGUGUACUUGGCCUUGUUCGAGAAAGGUUGUGACUUCCCAGUUCCUGUAGACACGAGCAAGAUGGUGAAGGCUAAGGUAUGGGUACUGGAUCGUAGGCCUCUGGGUGAACCAACAAUCGAAGACUUCAAACUCCUAGAGGAAGACCUACCCCCUUGUUCUGACGGAGAUGUGGUUAUUGCGGCGGAGUGUCUUAGUGUUGACCCAUAUAUGAGGUAUAGGGCCAGAAAGAUGCCAUUGAAGACUACCAUGCCAGGCGGACAGGUGGCAAGGGUGUUGGAGAGCAAGAGCCCCUCCUGGCGGGUGGGUCAGUACAUGGUGUGCUAUCCAGGGUGGCGGUCACACACACUCGUCACUGCCAAGGAACUUAAAGAGGGAGGAUUGGGCAGCUAUACACCUCUCCCUGACCUCAAAGACUUCCCCAAGAGUACUGGUCUCGGUGUGGUUGGUAUGCCUGGCAACACAGCAUACUUCGGGUUCUUGGAGCUGUGUCAACCAAAAUCGGGGGAAACUGUGUUGGUGAAUGGGGCAGCGGGAGCGGUGGGGAGUGCUGUAGUCCAGAUAGCUAAGAUUAAAGGAUGUAAGGUGAUAGCCUCAGCAGGUAGUCAAGAGAAGUGUGAGUGGGUUAAAAGCCUGGGUGCUGAUCAUGUCUUCAACUACAAGACUACCAGCGUUACCCAAGCUCUCAAGGACGCUGCUCCAGACGGUAUCAACUGUUACUUUGAUAAUGUUGGGGGACAGUUCACCCUUGAGGCACUACCGCAUAUGGCUGAUUUUGGCAGAGUAUCGUUAUGUGGCGCCAUCUCUACCUACAAUGAUGAAACCAGAGACAAGGGUCAACUCGUAGCUAACAGUCCUUUCGAUGCGGGACUGAUCAUCACAAAACAGCUCCGUGUGGAAGGCUUUCUCGUCCCCCGGUGGAUCGCUCGUUGGAUGGAGGGUCUCAACCAGCUCAAGCAGUGGGUGGUGGAGGGCAAACUCAAGUAUCAGGAGACGGUUACUGAAGGUUUUGAGAACAUGCCCAAAGCUUUUAUUGGCCUCUUCCAUGGUGACAACAUUGGUAAGGCUAUCGUUAAUGUAUAGGUGACACUCUCCCGUACAACAAGUGGCACUGUCCAGUAAAGCAAGUGGCACUCUCCAGUACAAGUGGCACUGUCCAGUAAAGCAAGUGGCACUCUCCAGUACAAGUGGCACUCUCUUCUGUAACAACAAGUGGCUCUCUCCAAGACAAGUGGCACCCUCUAUGACAACAAGUGGCACCCAGGACCAAAAUACAGCAUGGGGGGGUUUUAGAACACUUUGACAAUGAGAAGCACACUUAAGACAAUAUUCGCCAACGUUCCAAUACUAUACAAAGGUCACACAACGAUACGGAAGUUGAUGCCACAAAAAAUAAAUAAACAUGUAGUAAACUUAUGGAAGUUCCUCAAUAUACCUUUUAUUAUAGACAGAUUUCACCCAGCGAACAACGUGUGUGUGUGUGUGUGUGUGUUUGUUUAAAUUUACUCGACGAGUGAAGUAACAAUUUGUAACUUCACUACAGGGAGGAACAGGGAAUUCUCCCAUGUUUGGGAGUUCAGGUUUCACAAAAAUUAAACACAGUUGAAGCUACACAUAUACAUUCAUAAGCAUUUUCAACUUCACAAACAUUAACACAGCAUAACAUACGAGAGACAACGUACAUAUCAAUGGAUGACACGAAAAACGAGUUAGACAUGUUUUAUGGGAUAGUGAGCCAGUACAUGCCCACAGUGCCAACAGAGACGUGACAGACCGCCCAAGUACACUAAAGUAAAAGUUUGCCCUGGCGUCUCUCUUGUGUGGCAAGACUUCGCCCACCAACACCGGCGCCAAGUGAGGAAGCUGCCCUGGACCUUCCCCCUGAGAGCGGAUCACCGCUUUACCAGAACAUUCUACAGGGCUGGUUAGAAGGAAGAUUCAUCUGCAGCUGUAGGAAAUCUAUGUACUUUGUUUUAUUGAUUUUGUUUUGGUAAUUGUUUGAUGCCAGUGCUGUUCAUUUAAAAUUUGUGUGAGUGGUGUCAAGCGUUAAAUUUUUGUGAUUAUUUUCUUAGUAAACAGAUUUCCUCUCUAA